UUUUGUUACAUAUAUAUUUUCCUAUACAUUAUCAUUCAAAUUGUAUAAAAGAUAAUUACGUUGUUUAUUUAUUAAUUUUUGUUACAUUUUUAGGGUUAAAUAGGAUAUUUUAUAUUCAGUUGGUGCCAGAAUAAGUAAUCUAGGAGGACAGGGCCACAGUUGAAAGGCUAAAUCAUUAAACGUGUUUAUUUUUAUUCAUAUUUUUCUAGUUGUUUAUUAAAUACCUCAUAGUGAGGCACCAUGAUGUCCAUUUUGAACAACCCCUUCCGCUACCAAAUAUGGCACCUAGUCUGAUUUUUCAAACAGUCAAUAGAGCGAAGCCUCACGUUCAGCAACACACAAAAGCAGUGUCACCAUGGCCACGGCCAGCUCAGAAGAUGAAAAGUCUCAGCGUCCUACCUUUGGGGACCACCGCCUGGUCAACAAAGCUCUCAGAAGGCUGGAAAAGCUCCACAAGUUGUGUGCGGACCCGCGGUUGGGCCUCAAGUCCAGCCCGCCGUUUCUUCUUGAGCUGGUACCGGAGACCGCGUCUCAGCUCAGACGGGUCUGGGAGCCCUACCGAGGCAUCGGGGCAGUGAUGGGCCGAGCCGCCGGCGGGGAGGAGGGCAUGUACUUGAGGCUCCACGUGAGGAACCUGCUGGAUAAGACGGACCGGGCCUUGCUGCUAUUCAAAGAAGGGAGGGAAAAGGUGUUUGACGAGACGUCCAGAUGUAGGAGGAACUUGACCAAGAUGUCCUUGCUCUUCAGUCACAUGCUGUGGGAACUAAAGGCCAUUUUUCCUGGGGAACGCUACCACGGCGACACCUACACGGUCAUGCAGAAGGAAGCAAGGAGGUUUUGGAGGAUCACUUUUGGCAACAAGUGCAUCGUGCGGUGGAGGGGCUUUGCAGAGCAGCUGAGGAGAGUGCACCCCUUUGAAGAGGGGAUGGAGUCCAUGGCGCUGAAGUCCACCAUCGAUCUCACCUGCAACGACCACAUCUCUGUCUUUGAGUUUGACAUCUUCACCAGGCUCUUUCAGCCCUGGAGCUCCCUCCUGAGGAACUGGAACCAGCUGGCAGUGAGCCAUCCGGGCUACAUGGCCUUCCUCACGUACGAGCAGGCAGUAGCUCGCCUGCAACACUCCCUGCACAGGCCUGGAAGCUACAUCUUCCGUCUGAGCUGCACCCACAUGGGCCAGUGGGCCGUAGGUCACGUGACCAGCGAAGGCACCAUCGUGCAAAGCAUCCCAGAGGACAUGCCCCUCAUCCAAGCGCUCCUCCGUGGCCUCAAUGACGGCUGCUACUUGUAUCCUGACGGUCGAGAAGGGAACCCUGACCUCACCACCCUGCCUGAGAAAGGCCAGAAGCGGAAAGUCCAGGUCACACAAGAGCAGUACGACCUCUACUGUGAGGUGGGCGCCUCCUUCCAGCUGUGCAAGAUCUGCGCAGUGAAGGACAAGGACACUCGCAUUCAGCCUUGUGGUCAUCUGCUGUGCCAGUGCUGCUUGGCCAGCUGGCUGCAGAAGUCAGCGGGCCACACAUGUCCGUACUGCCGCUGCGACAUCAGAGGCACCGAGCCGGUCGACAUCGAGCCUUAUCUACCUGAACACAAGGAGGACGAAGAUGAGGAGGAAGAGGAGGAGGAGGAGGAGGAAGAGGACCAUGAGGAUGUGGAGCUGUUGAUACAGCAAAUGGCUGCACUGAGGAAGGUGUCAGGGGGCGGAGUCACUCAUCAGUGAUGACGUCUCUCUACGACUGGGAACGCCCACGCCGCCUUCCUCAUCUGCAUGUCACAAGGCUAAGAGAGGGUCCUGAUCCUGACUGUAAACAAACAGGAAAGACAUCCAGGAGUCGAGUGUUACUGUAAUAGAGCUGAUAAAACUAAAUAAUGUAUAUACUCUGUAAACUAUUCCAAUUGUGAAUAAAAAAUUCCAGAUU